GAAGUAUUAUGGUGAUUAGGUGUCCUGCUUGUAAACGUGCUCCUAUGGAAAGGAACGGGCAUCGGAUGGUCGUGGCCUCGAGUAAAUGUGACGGGCGGGACGCCUUUAGAGAAUCCUGAUCCCCCCCCCGGGGCACCCUGAAGCGCUCCCACCAGACAGGGGCAGAGUCCGGGCGUCGUGCUCUCCGCUCCCUUCGAGCGCCGCGUGCUUCCUCGCUCCUCCUCGCCGGCCAGUCGCCGUCUCCGGAGCAGCGAGCAGGAUGGUCGGAUUCAAGCCCACUGAUGUGCCCCCGACGGCCGCGGUGAAGUUCGUGGGGGCCGGGACGGCGGCCUGCAUCGCCGACCUCAUCACCUUCCCCCUGGACACGGCCAAAGUCAGGCUGCAGGUGCAAGGCGAGACCAAGGCAGCCGGGAGCAUGAAGACUGCCCAGUACAAGGGCGUCUUCGGCACCAUAGCCACCAUGGUGAAGACAGAGGGUCCCAGGAGCCUGUACAACGGGCUGGUGGCCGGGCUGCAGCGUCAGAUGAGCUUCGCCUCUGUCCGCAUCGGGCUGUACGACUCGGUCAAGCAGAUCUACACCAAGGGCGCAGAGCAUGCUGGCAUUGGCAGCAGGCUCCUGGCGGGAUGCACCACGGGGGCCAUGGCCGUGGCCGUGGCCCAGCCGACGGAUGUGGUGAAAGUGCGAUUCCAGGCCCAGGUCCGCACGGCGGGCGGCAGGCGGUACCAGGGCACCAUGGAUGCCUACAAGACCAUUGCCAGGGAAGAGGGGAUCCGAGGGCUGUGGAAAGGGACGUCCCCCAACGUGGCCCGCAACGCCAUCGUGAACUGCACCGAGCUGGUGACCUACGACCUGAUCAAGGACCUGCUGCUCCGGUCCAACCUCAUGACAGAUAACCUCCCGUGCCACUUCACCUCCGCGUUCGGGGCCGGCUUCUGCACCACGCUCAUCGCCUCCCCCGUCGACGUCGUGAAGACCCGAUACAUGAACUCUCCCCCGGGCCAGUACAGCAGCGCCGUGAGCUGUGCCCUCACCAUGCUCAGGACGGAGGGGCCGCUGGCCUGUUACAAGGGGUUCAUGCCCUCCUUCCUGCGCCUGGGCUCCUGGAACGUGGUGAUGUUCGUCACCUACGAGCAGCUGAAGCGCGCCAUGAUGGCUGCCCGUGGCUCCUGGGAAGCCCCGUUUUGACCCGGGCGCAGCUGAGACCUCAUCGCAGCCCCCCGCGGCGCUGCGCUCUCCCUGCCUCCCCCGCUGCCUCUGCUCCCCGGCUCCGAGCUCGUUGCGGCGCCUCUUCUACACCAAGCCUGACGACUCUGCCCUGCCAACAGGAGAAGGCUGGAGCGGGGCCUCUCGUCUGGUGUGGAAGAGAAGAGCAUCCUUGCCCUGGUGGGCUUGGGCGGGAGGUUUCCUUUACGGCGUUCCUGCAGCCGGCGCAUCCCACGGGGCAUCGAGUGCUGAUCUUGGCUGGGCCGAGCCCGGAGAUGUAGCGCGAGCAAAUGGGACUCAGCUUCCCAUUUCAAAGGCCGAUGCCUGCUUUGGUAACAGUCCAGGGGGGAGCCCCUUCCCUGCCAGGUCUGUCGUGCCAAUUGCUAAGUACCGUGCCAGCUUCUCCAGACCUGAGCGCCCAGCCUCUAAGCCCCUGAAUCCCCCGUGCGGUGAGGAGAGGCAUGCCUGGUUUGAUUCAAGGCUGCAGAUCUCCCUGGAGCUCUCAUCAGGCUUCAAGCAAGCGGCUUGUGGGGUCUGGAAGCCAGAAAUGAGUCCCCCAAGUCCACCCUGAAGUCUCUGUGUGCCCAGCAGGGCAAGAGGCUGCGGUGGGGCUCUGCAGAGCAGCCCGAGAUGGGGCGAGUCGGAUGCUGUGGAUGGGAAACGGCAGUGGUGGGGAGGGGCGGAGGGAUCACCAAGGAUUGGAAAGUACAAGCAAGUGUCUGGCAGACCAGCCAAGCCUCCGUUUCCUUGCGCGCUUCUGGGCAGCAAGGGUGCGGAGACGGCACCUGCCUUGCGUUGUGCGUCUUAAAAUAAAGUCGAAGGUUAGGAAGCGAGGUCGCGUCCCUCUGCAGAGGGACAUGCUCGGUCCCUUGCUCGGUCUUUGCAUCUGGCCAGACUCGUGAUUCACGGGCCCGGCUUGAGGCGCCUGAUUUCAAGUGGGGAGCCCUUCGGGGGGAGGGAGAUGGCCAGUGGUCGGGUGGUGACCCAUGGCACGCAGUGGCCGCUGUGACUAGCUCCAACAACCAGGCUGGGGCUUCGUCGGCUACGGGGCAGGGAGGAGGAUUUCCCCCAGUGCUGCUGUCCCUGACACUGGAGCGGCUGCCUGUUCCAGCUGCCGCGGCUCAUGAGGAUGGUGGGGGCUUGCUAGCGGCAUGCCCCAGGGACGGGCUCCCAUGCUCGGACUGGUCUUGAGUGGCCUGGAGCUGGUGAACACCAUCGCGGAGCAGGGCUGGGCCCAAUGCACCUAGGAGCACGGUCUGGUGGGCAAAGCCUGCUCCGCGGCUCACUUGAUGGUGAAGGCCUGCAGUCACCUGGAAGCCGCUAGGGAGGGGGAAGCCCUGUCCGUCCUGCUGCGUGGGGCAGCAUGUCUCUCCCAGAAAUCCCAGUUUGGACCCCGCAGGGCUCGUCCCAUCACAUUCCUGUUCAGCAGUCCCUGGUGCUCCACACCCUUACGUGGGGGGAUGCUCUCCAGGGGCUUUGCUCAGCUGGGGCUUCUGGCUUUGACCCCUAAAAGCUGGGCGAAGAGGCUUGCAGCCUGUUUUAAUCUCAAGGGGAAACGGGAGCUAAACUUCCACCCCUUUCUUUGGCGUCUCGGGGCGUUUGUGUCGAUGACGGUGGGAGGUUGCGCCGUUGUGGUAGGAGUUGGGUGCCUGCCAGCACCGGGGGGACCGCAUCCUGCUCCGUGGGCUGUUCUCCUUUGCAGGUGGGGGAAACUGAGGCAGGGCAUGGAAGUGAUUCCCUCAAUCCACCCUCCUCCCCCUGCAAGGCAAACUGGAUGUUUAGAGGAGCGAUCACGUGGAGUUCCCCCUGCACCAGCUCUCGGACCCUGUGUGAAGGUGACCCGGUCGGAGCCGCGUGGCCUGGUCCUAUGCAGCCGGCACCAGGAGCUGUACAAAUAGCUAAAAUUUUUGUAUUCAUGUUAUAAUAUACUUCGUGGACCAGGUCAAAUUAGCCAAAUUAGUUCCAAAUCAUAUGGAUGGAGCAGAUCUUAGUUGGCCCAAAAAACAUGUUGAUUAAGCAGGAUGUACAGCGCU